AACUCCAUGGACAAUAUGUCCAACACUCGUUUCAUAGCCCUCUACCAUCAUUUGAUCAAGCAAUAUUCCGCCAACUCGACCUUUAGGGAGAUGGAAGUGGCCUCCGUGCUACUCAUCUACUACAAGUUUGUUUUGGCGAACGGACCGCUUGCUCGAAAGAUGCAGAAACAACAACUAUACAAUCUGUUUUUGGUGCUAUUCGAUAUAAAUGAUCGUCUAAUUACUGAACGUAUUUUGCUUACCAUAACAACCGAUGCCAAAUACAUUGAUCCCCUAGCCUGGUUGAACUUAUUGGAAAUCUUCAUGUCCACUGAUCUCCGAGUGCGCAUGAAGUUCGCCUUUUCAGUUUACAAUGCAAGUGGCAGCGGGUAUUUGAAUCGAGAACUUAUUAUCCAGAAAGUGGAGCGUUUUUUUGAUGGUCAGGAUGAGGAUGAAAUAAAUGAGCUUCGUUCAGAUAUGGUAGACUUCCUCUUCCUCAAAUUCGAUUUAGACAAAGAUGGCCAAAUCUCGUUCGACGAAUACGCGGAGGUUGUCUCCAAACAGCCUGCUCUCCUAGAAUUUCUAGGUCAGUGCUUGCCAACAAAUAGUGGAAACUUUCUCAUCGCUCAUUGCGCCAAUAUAUAUUCAUUUAUUGAUCGUUUAGAGAUUUAAACGUGAAUAAAAGCGCAAACAGAUAAA